CUCUCAAUGCGGCCCCAAGACGCGGCCAAAAUGAGAUCAGAGCGUGGAUAUCAGGAGUCUGUGUGAGCAGAGGUGUGUGACGUGUGGGGCUAAGGCUUUAUUUAGUUGGACUGGGGAAGCAGCCAGGUGUGAAGCCCAGCAUGAAGACACCAGGUGAUACCCUCUGGGACUCCUACGCCACCACGGUGAAGACUGCAUUCACCCCUAAGACGGGAGCAGUGCCUGCUUUAACUCGUCCAAAAAGUAUGAGACGAUUAGGGUAUACCUAUUCACUGAGUGAUCCUAUCCUCAGUCAGACACAGUACAAUGAUGAGUACACCUGGAAAUCAUAUUCUGAAAAAGAGUUCAUCAAAGCCAGAACCCCAAGAGGAACUGGGAGCCCCAGUCAAGCCCUCUUCCACUGGAUGCUGCCUCCUGGUCAGUCAACAUCAGUGAAGAGCUGCCUCCCUUGGAAAAUCACUGCUUCGAUGGACGAGGUCAGGAAGGCCGUAGCUAGUCAGUUUAUUUCCUGUACUAGGAGAGACUUUGUGGACACAGCCAAAGCUCAGAAGACUAAGCAAAGGUCUCAGAUGGAUCUGGAACGGGAAGAGUUACUUCCACACCCUGCAGACACUGAAUUUCGACGGAAUUACCAAGUGCCAGCUAAAAUUCCUGAGCUUCAAGAUUUUAGUUUCAAAUAUGGAUGCUACUCUAGCUUACCAAUCGCUUCUCAAGGUCUAGUUCCUGCUGUGCUGUCCAGCCACCUGAGGAGUCAGGAAUGCACAAAGAAGCAGACCACGUACCAGAGCGAUUACGGGCCAGCCUACCUGGAUUUCUUAGUGAUCUUGAAGUCAUUUACGCCUGCUCAAGUCACAGAGUACCUACAAAGUGCUUCCUACAAAGACAGACAAAUUCUUGAUCGCUUUAUUCGCUCUUACUGUGAUGUUGACAAAGGGACGGAAUGAAAAAGGAAAAAAGUCCACAUGAAGAAAAUCUGAAAAUCAGUGGAAGUGCCUCCUGUGCGUUUUACCAAAAAUCAAAGAAAAAUAAUAUCCAAAUGGUUCCAAACAUGAUAUUCAUGACUGUAUAAUUUUUUCCUUUUAAACAAUAAAAUAAUUUAAAGCUAUAAG